AUCCCACUCUCAAAGGAGCUGCACACACACCAACAGCCGACGCACAGUCUGGGCAGACACACUUACCACACUGGCAGGCACAGAGCUACGCACACACAAUUUCAUCCACCAGCUAUAAGACAAGAGGCAGUUCCAGCUGAAGGACAUAAAAUCCAGCUCAGAGCUCCAGCAUGGAUGUUUUUAAGAAGGGAUUCUCCAUCGCUAAGGAGGGAGUGGUGGCCGCUGCUGAGAAAACCAAAGCCGGGGUGGAGGAGGCAGCUGCCAAAACCAAGGAGGGGGUCAUGUAUGUGGGCACAAAGACAAAGGAAGGUGUUGUGACAAGUGUAAACACAGUUGCCCAGAAAACAACUGAUCAGGCAAAUCUUGUGAGUGAGACCACUGUGGCUGGAGCCAAUCAGGUGUCAGAGAAGACAGUGGAGGGGCUGGAGAGUGUGGUCGCAUCCACCGGCCUGGUCAAACUGGAGGAGCACUCGAAGCAAGAUGGAGCUGCAGAACAGUAGGGUGAUGUCGUGGUGAAUGCCCCUUGAUGAACACCCCGUGAUGCUCUGCUUCUUUGCAAAAGAGGAGAGAGUUCAUUAGCUGCUGGCCAUUCCUGAAUAUUAUCAUUGCUAAACCUCUAAUGGGCACAAAAAUAUAUCCUACUUCACUCCUUUCUCCUCACAAACAACCUCUACUUAUCUCAAGUUUACCUCUUUCCUUCACAUAGACAUAUACACAUACAGAGAUACUCAUGUAACAUGACAUUAUUAUUUAGCUAUGUGAGGUUUACCUACAGUGUUCAUUGCAUGUAAUUACCACAUUUGUGGUGCAUGUGCUUGUGUUUUGGAGAUCAUAUUAACUAGCCCUGAAAACUGGUGUCCACCAGUUUUCCUCCAUUAAGAAUUAUUUCAGAUACAAAACAUUCCAGACAAUACACACUAUCAAUCUUUUGUCCACUGUUGUUGCUUAUAUCACCAAAGAUGUUUGAGACAUGAGUCAGAAGAAGAUGGAAUGUGAAGUGUGAAGAAUAUAGCAAGUGUCUGUGUAGAUUCUCUUAAAGUAUAGUUCAGCAAAAAAUGAAAAUGACCAUGCUCAUGUUAUCUCUGAUGUGUAUGACUUACUUUCUUCUGCAAAACACAAUAAAAUGUCCAUACAAUGCAAGUGAAUGGUGACCAAAACCUUGAAGCUCCAAAAAGCACAAAGGCAGCAUAAAGGUUAUCCAUCAGACUCCAGUGGUUUAAUCAAUGUCUUCUUAAGCAAUCCAGUUGGUUUUGGGUGAGAACAGACCAAAAUAUAACAAGUUUUUCACUGUACGUCUUGUUAUUUCAGUCUUUAGGCAGGAUCAUGAUUUAAAGCUUGAUUAUUCUUCCUAGUUCUUGACGCGUGCACAGAGUGCUGGAUGGCGCAAUAGGAAUCUUAUGAUCACCAAGAAGACUGCUUUUAAGAUGUACAGGGAAAAAGUAACAUUUUGGUCUGUUCUCACCCGAAACCGAUUGCAUCACUUCAGAAGACAUGGAUUAAACCACUUAUGUAUAACUUUUAUGCUGACUUUAUGUGCUUUUUGGAGCUUCACAUUUUUGGUUAUCAUUCACUUGCAUUGUUAUGGACCUACAGAGUGGAGAUAUUCUUCUAAAAAUCUUAAUUUGUAUUCUGUAGAAGAAAGUCAUACACAUCUGGGAUAGCAUGAGAGAGAAAAAAAUUAUUAGAAUUAAAGUUUUUGGUGAACUUUAAGUGCUUUAGUAUGAUUACAAAAUGUUCAAUUUUCUAUUAAGGCUUUGAUAAUAUCCUUAUAUGAAUUCUUCUAUAGUUUAAUUCUAAUUCUACGUUCCAUUCUAAUCAUCUUCAUUCUCUUUAAAAUUAGCAUAUUAUGUCAGAGCAGUUGCUUGGUUUCAGUAUUUGUUGAUGUCUAUGGAAGCCAUGCAUGCUGACUCAUGAUUACACAAAUUCUAACUCAUCAAAUUCCUGUACUUAACUCAUUAUUCCCCAUGAAGUCUUAGAAGACAGCUGAAGGUUUUUUCAUCUGUAAUCAAUUGUUUUGUGAAAAAUAAAACAAAAAAACUGUA